AUGCAGGUCGACACGUCACGACUUAACAAGCGGAUAGGAAUCAAAACCACUGUGAUCUGCCCAGCAACAGAGAAGCAUGUGAAGAAAUACCUGCGCCAGGAGACCUUCCUCAUCAACGAAACUGAGGAUGAUUAUCGUUCCAUCACUCUUCCUCACAUAACCCAACAAAGCUUCAGUGUGCAGUGGGUUUACAACAUUCUGGAAAAGAAAGCUGAAGCUGACAGGAUUGUGUUUGAAGAUCCAGACCCUCAUGUCGGCUUUGUCCUCCUGCCAGAUUUUAAAUGGGACCAGAAGCAGCUGGAGGAUUUAUAUCUGAUUGCCAUUGUACAUCGGCGGGACCUGAAGAGUUUAAGAGAUCUUACUCCAGACAAUCUUCCUUUAUUAAGAAACAUCCUUGAAAAGGGGGUG